AGCAGAAGAAGAAGAAGAAGAAGACGCUUAUCGUUUGUAUAAGUGAGCUUAGCAGUUCAUUCACUGGUUUUCUUACUUUUCUUCUUAUGUUUAACAGACGUCAUGGCGCUGAAGUCAGGAGAGGAGCGUCUGAAAGAGAUGGAGGCGGAGAUGGCUCUUUUUGAGCAGGAGGUUCUUGGAGGGCCAGUACCAGGAAGUCCACCUGUCAUGGAGCCGGUUCCUGUAGCUUUAGCUGUCCCAGUAGUACGACCGAUCAUCGGUACAAACACCUACAGACAGGUCCAGCAGACGCUGGAGGCGAGAGCAGCUACUUUUGUUGGUCCUCCACCAGUCUUUAUGGGACCAGUUCCACCAGCUCGUCCUCCUCCACCUCCCAUCAUGAGACCAGCGUUUGUCCCUCACAUUCUGCAGAGACCUGGUGGUCAGCGGCUGCAGAUGAUGCGUGGUCCUCCAAUAGCACCUCCUCUUCCCCGGCCUCCUCCUCCUCCUCCCAUGAUGGUCCCCCCUUCCCUGCAGAACCAGAUCCCUCAGGGUCCAUCACCGCCCAUCCAGCACAUGCCUGCUGCUCCUCAGGUUGGGGACAUGGUGUCCAUGGUGUCAGCCCCACCAUCCAGACAGGCCCCCCAGUCCUCGGUCAAACCAACGCCGUCGAUCAUCCAGGCGGCGCCAACGGUGUAUUCUGCUCCUCCUGCUGCUAAAAAGACCGACGUCCGGGCUCAGAGACAAGCCAGGAUGGAGGAGCUGGCGGCUCGGGUGGCGGAGCAGCAGGCAGCGGUGAUGGCUGCAGGUCUCCUGGACAAGAAGGAGAGUGAGGACAGCGGCGCCGUCAUCGGCCCCAGCAUGCGCGAGCCGGAGCCCCCCCACCACGUUGAGCCUGUUGAAAGCACCAUCGAGGACAAGAAGAAAAGCAAGAAUGAGAAGGUGAAGAAGUGUAUCCGCACGGCAGCAGGGACGUCCUGGGAGGACGCCAGCCUGUUGGAAUGGGAUGCAGACGAUUUCCGGAUUUUCUGUGGAGAUCUCGGUAAUGAGGUCAACGAUGACAUCUUAGCCCGAGCGUUCAGCAGAUACCCAUCUUUCCUCAAAGCCAAGGUGGUCCGAGAUAAACGGACAGGAAAAACCAAAGGCUACGGCUUCGUCAGCUUCAAAGAUCCAAACGACUACGUCCGAGCCAUGAGAGAGAUGAACGGGAAGUAUGUGGGCAGCCGGCCGAUCAAACUGAGGAAGAGUAUGUGGAAGGACCGGAACAUGGAGGUGGUCCGCAAGAAACAGAAAGAGAAGAAGAAACUCGGCCUCAGAUAGUUUGAAUCUGUUUUGUUUGUGUUUUUAUUUAGUUGUUUUCAAUUAUUGUUGGAAAUAAAACAGAAUCUGUCUCACUGUG